GACAGUCGAAGCUGGACCAGUCAAAGGUGCCGGGCAGCACUUCUGAGCUCCGCUCUCGGUCCCGGGCGGCCAGGUGAGUCACUCUGACCCGCCGCUUUCUGCCUCUCGGGCGCGCCACUCCGCCCAACACGGAAGCCGCGCACCUGUGUGCUGACGUCACUGAGCCAGAGAACCUGCUCGAGCUCGCCCCGCUGAAGCCUCUCAGUUUCUGGACGCUCCCGCUGGAGUCGAGGACGCCGAGUGUCGCUCAGGAUUCUACCGACUUUUUAUUGGACCGUGUUCGGACACGCAACCAGCCAGAUGGGGGCCGCUCGGGUCGCGGUUUGGGGGGCUUUAAUCGUCUUGUUUCAGGUCUCGGUUUCUGCCGAAGAGCCACAGUGUCAACCUGGAUUUCAUUCGGAUGUGUUGACUUUCAAGGUGACCAGGAGACACUUGAUGCCUCGCACUCCGCUGGGCAAAGUCAACUUGACCACCUGCUCUGACCGCUUGCCCCUGUACUUUUCUGACAACAGUCGUUUCACCGUUAGGAAUGGCGUUUUGGAGGUCAAACGACCAGUCACCCUCCAUGGGGGACAUUUCAAAUUCUACAUCCACACUUGGGUCAAAAACGGUCACAAGGUGACUGCUCUUGUCAACAUAACGCUCCAAGGACAUCACCACCACCACCAACAACAAAGUGAUGACCAACCAAGUGGUCUCCAAGGUAACGGUGAUUAUGGUUAUGGCGGUCGACACAGACGUUACCAUGGCGACAGCCAGUUGGACCGAGAGCAUCACCAUGGAGGUCACCACAGACGCCACCGUGGUGACGGCCAGUGGAAUGGACACCAUCACGAUGGAGGUCGCCAUGGAGGGCACCACAGAAGUUACCAUGAUGACGACCAGUUGAACGGCGAGCAUCACCGUGGACAUCGCCAUGGAGGUCACCACAGACAUCACCAUGACGACGACCAGUUAAACGGAGAGCAUCGCCAUGGACGUCGCCACAGAGGUCACCACAGACGCCACCAUGGUGACGGCCAGUGGAACGGAGGGCAUCACCAUGGAGUUCACCACAGACGUAACCAGAGCGACGAACAGCAGAAUGUACAGCAUCAUCGCAGAGAUGAUGAGAAACAUCGUCUCCAAACUGAUGUGGAUCAUAGUAAUGAAACACAGAGUUCAGGUGCUCCUGAUGUGCCAGUUCUUUAUUUCCCCAAGUCCACCCGAGGCCUGAGCCGGAGGAAGAGAGACUGGGUCAUCCCGGACCUGAGUGUUGUGGAGAACGACCGUGGACCGUACCCACUUAAAGUGUCUCAGAUCCGGUCCAAUGCAGACCUGGUGAAGAAAAUCUUUUACAGCAUCACAGGCCCGGGAGCUGAUCAGGACCCAGUGGGCCUCUUCACCAUUGACAGAAAUUCGGGGACCUUGUACCUCACUCAGCCUCUGGACAGAGAAAAAUGUCCUCGGUAUACGUUCCAAGCACACGCGGUUGCAGAGGGUUCAGGAACGGCUGAGGAGCCAAUGGACAUUAUAGUCAACGUCAUCGACCAGAACGACAACAAGCCAGUCUUCAGCCAAGACACCUACCUGGGCGAGGUGGCUGAGGCGUCGCCUAAAGAAUUCGAGGUGAUCAAGGUGGUGGCCACAGACCUGGAUCAGGAAAACACAGACAACUCUGACAUCCGCUACAGUAUCAUCAGUCAAGAACCACAGAUGCCCUCUGCAUCCAUGUUUGUCAUCAACCCCGUCAACGGAGCCAUCCGGGUCAAUGCUGGUGGCCUCGACCGAGAGAAAUAUCCCAAGUACACGCUGGAGGUUCUUGCGGCCGACAUGGUCGGCGAGGGCUUGUCUGGGAAGACGAAGGUCAUCCUCACUGUCACGGACAGCAAUGACAACGCUCCAGAAUUCACUGAGAGCUUGUACAAAGCAUCUGUGCCUGAAAACAAAGUUGACGCCAUACUGGUCACGAUGGCUGUGACUGACGGUGAUGAGCCUCACUCCGCUGCCUGGAACGCCAAAUUCAAGAUCGUGGCCGGGGAUCCUGACCAACUGUUCUCUGUGCGGACGGGCAUCAACAAGCACGAAGGCAUCCUCAGCACGGCCAAGAGUUUAGACUUCGAGAAGCAAGGCAAGCAUACUCUGCUGGUGGCCGUGGAGAACGAAGUCCCGUUUGCUGUUCCGCUGAAGACGGCUACCGCCACCGUGGAGGUCACCGUGAUGGACGUCAACGAGGCGCCGAUCUUUGACCCCGCGCAGAAGCUUGUGUCUAAACGGGAGGACCUGGCAGUGGACUCUGAUGUGGUGCAGUACCUGGCCUCUGAUCCCGACCGCGAGCGCAAGCAGACCGUCAUGUACAAGAUCCUCAGCGACCCAGCUGGCUGGCUGAACGUGGGCAAAGAUACGGGCCUGAUCACAGUGAAGAGUAAGAUGGACCGCGAGUCUCACUUCGUCAAGGACAACAAAUACACGGCUUUGAUCGGAGCCUAUGACAACGAUGAGGUCCCUGCCACAGGAACUGGAACUCUGAUGAUCCAGCUAGAGGACGUCAACGACAACGCACCCACCAUCGUGGAGCGAACCUUCAGGGUGUGCAACAAGAAAACGGUGCCACAGCUGCUGUCGGUCACGGACAAAGAUGGGCCCGGCUUUGCUGCUCCCUACAGUGUGUCCCUGCAGGGGGCGUCCAGGAGCAACUGGACCGCCAGGAUGAACGACAGCAAAACUGGCAUCAUUGUGAACCUGGCGACGGAGCUGCCUCAGGACUUCUACACCCUGGUGCUGCGUGUGGCUGACAACCAAGGCCUGGAGCAGGACAGCACCGUCCAGGCCGAGGUGUGCGACUGUUCCGGAGACGAGGUUCAAUGCAAAGACCCCAGGGUCGCCGCCGCUGGCCUCCCCAUGAUCCUGGGCAUCCUGGGAGGAAUCCUGCUGCUGCUGAUGCUGCUGCUCCUGCUGCUGCUGUUCGCCCGCCGAGGUCGGAGAGAGAAGAAAGAGCCGCUGCUGCAGGACGACGACGUCCGAGACAACAUCUACUACUACGACGAGGAGGGCGGCGGCGAGGACGACCAGGACUACGAUCUGGGCGUCCUCCACCAAGGCCUCGACAACAGACCCGGCGUGUUCAGGGACGACGUGGUGCCCAACUUCAUGCCGGCGCCCAAGUACCGGCAGCGCCCAGCCAACCCAGACGAGAUCGGCAACUUCAUCGACGAUAACCUGAAGGCAGCCGACAAUGACCCAACAGCGCCCCCCUAUGACUCCCUGCUGGUGUUCGACUAUGAGGGCGGGGGCUCAGACGCUGGAAGUCUGUCCUCCCUGAACUCUGACAGCAGCGGGGACCAGGACUACGACUGCCUCAACGACUGGGGGCCGCGGUUCAAGAAGCUGGCCGACAUGUACGGAGGGGAGGAUGACGACAUGCUGUAGGCAUGAACGAGUGGACGAACAUGUGAAGACGCUAGAGGCUGAGAGCGGCAUGGACUGUUGCCGUGUCAGCACCUUUGCUGCAGCAAAAAGCCAAAGUUUGUUUUUAUGUCUCUGCGCUUGCUCGCCUCACCAGCGGCUGGUGAAGCGGGUCAACAUUAGAGUGUGAUUUUCUCUUGGGGAGCAAGUUCUUGCUACGCGAGUCGACGCUGCAGCCCCGGCGACCACCUGCUGGGCAACACAAAGACUUCCGCCGAGUCCAGGGGCACAGUCUCCCGACUGGACCGUGCUUCAAUAUGUUAGUACGACUGCUUCACUUUCCUGCUUGUUUUCAUGAAAUCACCUAUGACUGGAUGAAAUGAGUCUUUUUUUUUUACUUGUCACUGUUUUUGCUGUUUUUUAUAAAGUUAUCUUAUUCAAACAAGA